GGUCAUAUUCUCAAUCAGAUUUUGUACUUUUAAACCAGGCCAUGAAACAAAUAGGUUAAGUCUUUGUACCAAGGUUGACAUCUUUUUAUGAUAUCAAAAUAAAAAUCUGACGGGCAUAUCAUGUGCUGUGGUGUGACAAGCGUAUCAUGUGCUGUGUUGCGACGAGCGAAUCGUGCUGUGGUGUGACAAGUGUAUCAUGUGCUGUGGUGUGACGAGUAUAUCAUGUGCUGUGGUGUGACGAGCAUAUCGUGCUAUGGUGUUACGAGUGUAUCAUGUGCUGUGGUGGUACACUUUAUGUUUUUUGGUCCCAGUCUGUAAGGAAACUCCCAUGCAUUUUGUAGUCUGUUGUACUUUGUCACUGUGGUUAGAAAUUGGUAAAUUUGAACAUGUGUAAGACAUUUAUUUACCCCCGGAAGAUGCCUCCCUUAUUAAGUCCCUUCUCCUCUUAUGUCAGAGUGAUUUUGAAUCAGGAAAGUAUAAGCACACACUUCUGUCACCAAUAUCAAGUGGAAAAUGUAAGCACACGCUCGUGUCAACGAUACAAAAUUGGAAAAUGUAAGCACAUGCUUAUGUUACUGAUAUAUAUAAAAUGGAAAAGAGUAAGCACAUUUUUAUGUUACCAAUAUGAAUUGGAAUGAGUAAGCACAUGCUUGUGUCAAUGAUACAAAUUUGGAAAAUGUACGCAUAUGCUUGCAUCAUCAGUAUGAAUUAGAAACCGUAAGCACAUUACUUAUGCCACCAAUAGGAACUGAAAAGUGUAAGCACAUGCUGGUGUCAGUGAUACAAAACUGGAAAAAGUUAGCACAUGCUUGUUUCAUCAGUUUGAAUUGGAUAAAUUAAACAUGUGCUUGUUUCAUCAGUAUGAAUUGGAUAAAGUAAGUACACGCUUGUUUCAUCAGUAUGAAUUGGAUAAAGUAAACAUGCGCUUGUUUCAUCAGUAUGAAUUGGAUAAAGUAAGUACACGCUUGUUUCAUCAGUGUGAAUUGGAUAAAGUGAGCAUGUGCUCGUGUCUACAGAUAUAAACCUGGUGUUUUGGGGAGCCGAGUUUGCUUCACUUUGAUGAAUUAGCCAGUACUGUUAUAUCCAUCUAUCUCUCGGCUUACUAGGAAAAUCUCAUGCUUACUUUAAUUAAUGUUUCUAAAUGCUCAUAAUAAACUCCUUUUAAUAGCAAAUAAGUAAAAAUUGUGCCAUAGAUUUAAUGCUGCUUUCCUCCUCAAAUUUUUAAGAACGUGGGUGGAAUAUAGAAUUUUUCAAAUGUGAAUUGGUGCACCCGAUUCAUUCUCUCAUAUGAUAUUAAGAUAAAUUGAGAUUCAGCAAUUUUUUUUGUUUUAUAUUGGAAUAAGAUAUACACAUGUAAUUAUUUGUACAAAUAUUAGUUUAAUUGUAUGAUUUGUGUCCAUUCAGUAAAGAAUAAAGCACCUCUACAGCAAGUUCAUAA